AUGCACGAAGCAUCCGACCCACCAACGUUCUGGGACCCAACGAUAAUUACAUGUCUAUUCUUCACGGGCCUCACAAUUUUGGUCAGAAAGGUUCUUUCGACGUUGUUGAACGGUGUUGCUUACAGUCAUUGGCAUCAGACUUACGAUUAUAUCUGCACCCUCGACCAAGAGGUUGAAUUUGCAUGGCCUUGUCCACCGUCACUUGGGAUGCUUCUUUUCUAUUUCAACCGAUACGUUCCCUUCAUCGAUCAAUCUGUCUCGCUUUACCGUGAAUUUCUUCUACUUUCCGUCAUCCUGCGAGUACAAACUUCGAUCGUUCUCUGUAGUGAGGCUUUCUAUGAAUCCGCCCGAGGGUUCAUUUGUUUCGGGAUCUUCAUUUCACAACUGAUAAUCACUCUUCGCACCUGCGCGAUUUGGGGAGCAAGGCGACGAGUCACAAUACCCCUUGCAGCUCUAGCUGUGGCCACCAUUGCGCUCUUUGCAUCUCAGGAGGCAAAGCUGCUCAGUUCCUUACAAUUUAUCCACGGAAACGGUCGGGGGUGCUACAUCAAACCAGGCCCGGGGAAGGUUCUGGAUCUCGUAUUCCUGCCGAAUUUUAUAUCUGACUUUGUCGCUAUUACUCUGACGACGAUCAAAGCUUACCAGCACUUUCGACUCUCUUGCUCGUCUUGGCUGAAUCAAUUUUAUAGAGACGGUCUUCUUUACUGUGCAUUUAUCCUUGUAUUGGGUCUCAUCAAUAUCAUCAGCCCGACUUUCCCUGUCCCUCUAUACUACAAGGCAGUCAUGCAUAGCCCCACACGCGUCUUCCAUUCAAUAUUUUGUAAUCGGGUGAUGCUACUAAUUCUAAAGCAGCGCCAUGACAUGGCUCAACGCGGGAGGCGGCCCGAGGUAACAGGCGACGGAGAAACGAUGCAGAUGUUUUCAACGGUGUUUACGGAAAUAAUCACGUCCGGUAAUACUAGUACUGGGCACAAUUUUAUCAAUCGCGAGUCAAAUGCCGCGUAA